AUGCUCGUCACAUUAGUGUUAUCAGGCCCGCUGCUGUCAAAAUCUCGGAUUGGUAAAAAAAAAUCGGAUGCUGAUAUUAUGAGAUCGUAUGGUAUCACUACCGAGGAAGGCAAAGUGGCCUUAAAGCAUUUGGUGGACAACGGAAUAAAUAAAUCUUUACCGUUUACAAUCGCUUGGGAACGUUGUUACAAGGUUACCGACGUUUUUGUCGAUUCAUAA